GCUUCAGAGUAGCGGGAGAGGGGUGAGGAGGAACCGGGUGUGGAGGGAGGGAGUGUCUACUCCGCAGUCCGGCCCCAGGGGCUAUCAAAAUGUCUUCUUUCUGCGUCUCCAGAUUGCCGCAGUGACCUCCCCGUUAACCCUGCUCGCAGGGCAGAGGCUGCGGUGGCUGCUGCGUCCCGCUGCGGGCUGCGCAGCACCUGCCCCCUGCAGAUCUGGCGGGCGCGGGAGCUGCAGUCUGGUUGCGGCCUUCUUCUUCCCGCUUCCUCCCGCGUCCCCGCCCCUCCGCGCUAGGCGCCUCCUCCCAGGCUACGGGCUGACGGCUCCGCACCGCCGCAGCGCCCCGCGUCUGGACGGCCUGUGGGCAGUACGCAGGUCCACACUCUCCUUGCCCGCGCGUCCCGCCGGCCGGCCGCACCCCUGCCCAGCAUGUCGGCGCUCGAGUGGUACGCCCACAAGUCGCUGGGCGACGGCAUCUACUGGAUCCAAGAACGCUUCUACGAGUCGGGCAACCGCGCCAACAUCUGGCUGGUGCGCGGCUCGGAUCAGGACGUGGUGAUCGACACGGGCCUGGGGCUGCGCAGCCUCCCGGAGUACCUGUACUCCUCUGGCCUGUUGCAGGGCUGCGGAGCCAAGGAGGAAGACGCGGCCCGCCGGCCGCUGCUGGCUGUGGCCACCCACGUGCACUUCGACCACUCUGGCGGCCUCUACCAGUUCGACCAGGUGGCCGUGCACCACGCCGAGGCAGAGGCCCUGGCUCGCGGGGACAAUUUUGAGACGGUGACCUGGCUCUCCGACAGCGAGGUGGUGCGGACGCCCAGCCCCGGUUGGAGGGCCCGGCAGUUCCGAGUGCAGCCGGUGCAGCCCACCUUGGUCCUGCAGGAUGGGGAUGUGAUCAACCUUGGUGACAGACAGCUCACUGUCAUGCACAUGCCAGGUCACUCCAGGGGUAGUAUUUGCUUGCAUGACAAAGACCGAAAGAUUCUCUUCAGUGGAGAUGUCGUGUACGAUGGAUCGCUAAUUGACUGGCUCCCAUACAGCAGGAUAAGUGACUAUGUUGGCACUUGUGAACGUCUGAUAGAACUAGUGGACAGAGGUCUGGUGGAGAAGGUGCUUCCUGGCCACUUUAAUACCUUUGGUGCUGAAAGGCUUUUUCGAUUGGCUUCUAACUACAUUUCCAAAGCUGGGAUAUGUCACAAAGUGUCUACUUUUGCUAUGAGAUCUCUUGCAAGUCUAGCCCUCCGUGUAACAAAUUCUAGGACCUCACCCUAAUAUAUAUUAUAUAUAUAUUAUUUUAAGUCCCUCCAUCUAUUUUUGUUAAUUAUAUAAAUUAACAAUUCAUUUGUGCUGUGUAAAAUGGUUAAUGGUGAGCAUUUCAAGAAGUGUUUUUAUACAACUGUUGCAUAUUAGAGAAAAAAAGAUUGAAAAAUGAAUAAAGCCAAAAAAGAAGAAUAUUUGUUUCAUUUCUAAGAAACUACAUAAAUAAGCUUAUAACUUCUUAAGGCUGUCAUCUUACAAUUACUCUAGAAAAUGCCAUACAGACAUAUAGUAUGUAGCAUAAGAACUUUCCAAGCCCAUUUUUUUAUUUCACUUCCUAACUGAUCUAAGAAAAGAGGCAUUCAUGUUUUUACUCCAAACUUGAGUUUUUAGAAUUUCAUUCAUGUUGUCCUGAAAAUACAUUAGAACUAAAUGCAAACACACAGACUUAACAUUUAGAAUGAUAGCUAAAGCAUCCCAUGGUUGUGGUCUUGUAUUUUUAUGCUUGUAUUUAAUUUAUUCUUUAUGUAAUUAUAGCAUUUAUUUAUGCAGUGUAAAUUAACUUAUGAAAAAUACAAUGAAAUCUGAUUUAUUGAAAAGCUUUAAAUAUAAAUUGGAAAGUGCUUUGGUAAAAAGCUAUUAUAUAUUGUUUGUUUUUAUGUAGGUAAUAUUUUCAGUAAUGAAAGUGAUAUUCAAAUAUAUGUAACCUAACUACCAAUUGUCAGAUUUCUCAAAAGGACACUGUCAGGCAAAUCUAAAAAUAUGCACAUUGAGAAUAAUUUUUAUUAUAUCCUAUUUUAAUAUUAGUAGCUAAUAUAAACAAAAUUUAUCUUAAGUAGGAUCUCCAGUGUUGUGUCAUGUUUUACAGUAUUAAAACAAAUAUAAAAAUCUAUGAUAUCUUGAUAUAACCAUUAUUUUAUUUGACAUAUAUGUACCACAAAGGGAUUUUUACAUUAAUUGCAAAAUGUGUAUUAUGUAUUGGCCUAGAGUGAAUUGCCUUUCUAUCCUGAUUCACAACACCUAUUCCUGUUCAGUACUUUGUCUUGAACAAAACAAGUCUUAGUUCAUAAAGUCAUAGGAAAGGUAAAACCACUAUUUAGUAAUUAUUUCAUUUGGUGCUCUUGAUAAUUUAAUUACAAAGCCUUUUGAAAUAUUUCAUAAACGAUUUUUUUCUAUUACCUUUUUAUUAUUGACAUAUCUAAAAGCAAAGAGAUGCAGAUUUGGGCAUCAAAUCUUUCACUACUAGAAAAUUAAAGCAACUCUGAUUUCUGUCAAAUUAAUGUAACUUUUUCUACCUUACAGACACCAGGUUCUUUAGUUUUAGUUGUUGUUUUUCUUUUAAUUCAUUUACUACAUACAUAGACACACAGACACACAUCCCACAUGAGUAUACACAGACGAAAUGUACAUGCACAGCACUAUGCUAAUCACUGUGGAAUUCAUAGGCAACAUUAUAGCUGGGAGUAGAAGGUACAUAAUAUAUGAAUAAUGAUAUAUGCAAGUUGAAGUUCAUAUAAAUUAUGCAUGAGUGUAAGGGACAUAAGGGGAGGGGUAUGAAGUAUGGUUAGGGAAAAUUUCGUAGAGGAGGGAUUUUGAGUCAUAUUUGGAAGGAUAAUUUGUUAGGGGGUCUGGGUAGGAAACAAAAUAAUGCAAAAAUAGAGGUGCCAUCAUUGCUAUAUACAGUAAUCUUUUUCUUGGAAUGAUAUACAUUCAAUUUUCAGGAAUCUCAUUUCUUCCAAGCACCACAUAUUUAGUCUGUAAAAGAUGGGAUUGUGAUUUGUUCAUAUGAGUAAUCUUUAAUGAUGUGAACUAACUACCAGAUGCCACCAAACGAACCUUUACAUAGAGUCAGAAAAGAGGCUAUGAUUGGUUCAAGUAUAGAACAUCACUAGAGUGCUCUGGGAUGGUCAUUCAAGGCAGUAGGGCUGUUUCAGCUGAUAGCAUGACAUCAAGAAUAUAGAUUGGUUCAGGGCAUCUAUAAUGACUUAAUGAGCCUUAAAUAUAGCCAUUAUUUUUAUAUCAGUAGCACAAAAGAAAACCAAAAGUCCUUAACCAUUGACCAUUUCAUCCAUAUUUUAGGAUUUAUUUUAAAAUUAGAGUGUAUAAUAUGCAUUAAAUCUUAUUAGGAAAAAGUUACUCCUGUUAAGGGUUUCUCCUUAUUUUUUAGAAGUGUAAUUUUCCAAAAUACAUUGACAUUAUUUGUUAAAUUAACGUUUUUUCAAUCUAUAAUACAUAAUAAAGUAUUUUGCUAUUUCUACCAUGUGAAUAAAGUAUUAAUAAAUUUGGAAAAGGAUAUUAUUCAUUAAGUACCUAUGCCGUAUGUUUUAAGUAUGCAUUUUUAAAGUUCAAUCCUGGUUCUAGCAACAAGAGGUAGUUACCCUGCCUCACACAGUAUGGCCUAGGGAUAAACCUGCUGACUGAACACAGGUCUACAUGCCCCUAAACUGUUUUUUUCUCUUAUAACUGCGCAAUAUAGAAAAUUAGCAAAGUGUUUAUUUUCUAAGAUACCACAUGUGCCAAGAAUAAAUCAAAUAAUGCUGAUACAUAAUAUCAUAUUUAAAGAAAACUUUAAAACAUUUUCACCCUGACAGUGACCCUUGUAAUUUAUGAUUUUUGAAAAUAUAAAUAUAUAAAUGUAAUUUAAAGUCAUUAAAAUUUAGGACGUUUAAAAACAAUUCUUGUGUUGUUACUAAUUGUCUAAUGCUUGUUCUUAUUUGAUGCCUCCUUUUAACUGAGAAGCUUAAAGAAAAUCUUGUAUGUUCUAAUAGAGUUGGGUUAAAUGACUACGUGUACCUGUUCAGAGAUGGAUAGUGAUUGAAUGUGACAUGCACAAGUUUCCCCCUUAUGGUUGUCAAUACGUGUAAGUAAACAUCGGUGUAAUAAAUAUUAAAGUGGACGUUGUUU